AUGCCCAGCCUACGAAUUAUAAACGACAACGAUCCAGACGACGCUACCGAAACGAUCCAAGCCGCAUCGUCGUCGUCCACGAACCAAGUACUCUGCAACAUCUGUCAAAAACAGUUUUCCAAUUACGUUUGUCCACGUUGCAACCUUCGCUAUUGUUCACUCGCUUGUUACAAGGAUCUUCAACAUGCAGAAUGCACCGAGUCGUUUUACAAGGAGAGUAUUACUGCCGAGAUACAGUCGCGAGGAGGCGUGGAUACUGAAGAGAAACGGCAAAUGAUGGAUCUAUUGAGACGUUUCGAAGCUGAGAAUGAUGAGCUAUUGGAAGACGAUGACGAUGGUCAAGCAGAUGAUUUGGCUGAACGACUUGCAACAUUGGAUAUCGAAACAGCUGAUCCAGCAGAGAUUUGGUCGCGUUUAUCAGCUCAAGAACGAACAGCAUUCGAACAGCUAUUACAAAACCAUGACAAUGUGAACGAUUUGUUGACCGAAUAUGAACCAUGGUGGUGGUGUUCAUCAAGUCAUCCUGAUGUUGCACCAAGGAUACAAGCAUUGGAUGAUGAUGAUGAUGAUGAUGAUGAUGAUGACGAUGUUCAGCAUGCUACCCAUACAACCAUACCCCAAUUACCAGAUCCAUUGCCCAACAUUGAAUCCAUGGUCAAGACAAUUCAUCCCGAUCUUGGAUGGCAUUUGUGCAGCAUUUUGAUGAGUUAUUGCUAUAUGAUGCGUCAUUUUAUGGGUGAAGUGCGUGAAGAUGUGCCAUCAACCAUCACCUGCUUGGAAGAAUCAUCCAUCCUGUUUUCUGCAAAGACACAAUUAUCGAGCAUGGAAGAUGUGCUAGUGGAUUUAAUGGACCGGUUGAGUGAUCCCGAACGAGCUGCUGCAAACAAGGAAUUGAUUGUGGUGCUUCUUGAUGACGUGAUUCAGCUCUUGGAGACGCCAUCUUCAUCCAUGUAUACGGUACGCGCCAUGGCCGAGGUGGAGAGGUUGCUGCAUGAUGGGAUCAAGUAUUACUCUAAAAAGGACAAGCGUGCCAAGCACAAGGUUUUUCUUGCAGAGAAAAAGGCGCACUUUUAUUUGGCGUAUGCAGUGCAUGUGGUCAAGCAUGAGGAGAUGCGGAGGAGGAUCUUGCUAGUAACACUCAAGACUGAACGUGAGCGCAUGACCAUGGAUCAUCGAGUAUUCCAGCAAAGUCAACUUGCUGCUAGGACAGCUUUACAAAAGUCAAAGGAGAAAAAGAUAGAAGAAACCGAUUAA